GGACGGGUCACGUGCCACAUUGCGCCGCUGGAUUUUUGUGAACGCGAGAGUUGGGCGAGUGAACGUCGAUGUCGGCACGGAUUCUGCGACAAAUCCGAGUCGCUCAGACCAUCCCAUCUCCUGCUCUCGUUCUUCCUGCUCGUAGAUGCUAUGCUGUUCUAGCCUACAGCCCGUCUCUCGCUUAUGACGCACAGCAGGUAGCUGGCCCAAGCACCAGCAGGACAACGCAGAACGAAUCUCGGUCCAGUAUAUCCGAGGACAAUAGCCAUGAUGUCUCUGUCUCUUCGGCAUUGCAAGCCGCUGUUGUGCAGGACGACACUCCACCGCAGCCCGCUUCCGGUCGCCCCGAGGUGCAGUCGGCCUUUCCGAAGGGUGUCGAGGAGCACCUUGCAUCGGUCACUGCUGCUGGUUUGGAACCCACUCAGAGUGACUUGGAGAAGUGCCGACCAGCCGAGCAUGCGCCUCCGGACUCUCCCAUGUAUGCAAAAGAGUACCACGCAGUAGUGGACACGCUAUGUCGUUGUUUCAGCAAAGCGCAGCUGCGCAAGUUCCUUGCAGAGUGGGAUGUCAACUCCCCCCUGUUUUCACCCAACCGCAACAAAGUCGACCACGCGGAGUCAAUCGUGGAGAAGAUGUGGGGCUGGCCGAGCUUAAAGGAGAUGGAACGUGCAAAAAGGGAUCGUACCGAAGUCACGACGAAGUCCUUCCCCGUGGAUGCAAGUCAGAUGUUCCUCAUCAUGGGCAAGGAUGGAGCCGAUAUAUUGGAACUGUCGAGGGCAUAUAAUGUCCACAUCUCCCUUAAGACAGACCCGUUCGCACUACAUGUGGAGGGAGUGCGUACUUCCAUAAAGAAGGUUGCUGAACGCAUCAGCACGAUCAAGAAAUCUAUCAUUAAGGAGACGUUCCGCGUCCCAACAAAAGCUCCCAUCCCCCCGGAUCUUGCACAACGGAUAUCGCGAUUGACCGGAGCUCUGCUGGAGACUCUAGGUUUCAAGGGUACAGUGCGAAUAUCUGCGAAGACCGCACGCAGUCUAGAGAUCACAAAGAGGUUGGUGGCUCGCGCUAGUCAUGAGCUACAACUGGAACGCUUGCGAGAACGUCUGGCCUAUCAAUCCCCGCUUGCUGUUGAGAGUUUUGCGCCUGGCUCACUUACCCCCAGUACCUAUGCGUUUUAUCCGUUCCUGUCUCCCCACCCGCUGCCAUGGACGAUGAAUGCUAGCGCGACGUUCCGUAUGAGGCGUGUCGGGACUUGGUUACAGCAGAACCUCGAUGAAGACAUCCGUGCCACGAAUGCAUUGGCAGGCGGCAAGGGACAUUUACUCAGCAUGAGCCGAGAGCCUAUUGACUUACAGGAACUACUUCUGCGAGAUCUACCCAGUAAUUCUGAGGAUCAGCCACCUGGCAGACGAAUGGUUAAGGCCUCAACGGGACAUGUGCUUGUGACAACAUCUUCUGCACAGCGCGCAUCGCUCGUUCCACCGCUCACGGGGAGUCAUGCUCUCCGCGAGCUGCUAGAAUGGAUGUCUGUUCGCAGCGCCAGCAUUGGCUUCGUGCCGAGUUUACCUGCCCGUUUGGUCCAUUCAUCUCCGGCAACGGAGAAGAUCAUCCAUAGGCUGGUCUACCGUGCAGUCCAGCCUCCGCCCGCAGGAGGCGCACAUCAUGCUCGUGUCAAGAAGUUCUUGUCUUUCGAAGUCCCCCUGCUCCAGCCUCGGGACGGUCUCCCCGAUGCCGGGCAGUCCGAGAAUACACCCACUACAGAAUCGGGAGCUGCACAUGCAGCGGGCGAAGUGGACGACUGGACUCCCUCGGCGCUCUCUUCCGAGCCAGAAUGUAUCACUGGUAUCGAGAACGAAAUCGACGUUAUGCUCCCCGAUCGGUGCGCUGUCUUAUCCUACCGCUACACGUAUUUGCUGACCAGGUGUAGACCCACGGAUAUGCAAUUAUCCUCUCGGAGCUCAACGUUGAUCACUUCCGGCCAGGAGCCUCCGGAGUUGGGAGCAUACAUGACCAGCCUGCGAGAAUUCCUGAAAGUUGUCAAUGCCGACGGCAAGCAACCAGACCCACCCCAAAUGUUCACCUUUGGUGGCGAUACCUGGAUUCUGCACUCCAGUGCCAGCGUGCGACGGAGCAUCGAAAUAAUCACGGUACCUUAUGGGACGCCUGCGGCGGGAGAAGCAAGCCAUGCCAUGAGGGUGGUCAGCGAGAGCAUCCUGGAUCUCGAAAGCAAUCAGAAGUCCACGCACUGCGAGGUCGUCUGCGAUGAUCCCACAUCUAUAGAAUCCUGGGGGCGUUUCCUAUCCAGCUGCGACGCCCUCACAUCAGUCACCUAUCAACCAAUGAAUAGCGCUGCAUUAGGGGACUCCGGGAGAUGAUAGUAUUGCAAUCUAGAGGCUAAUAAUGGAAUAGUGCGCAUGCAAGCAUCGG